GGGAGGCGAAGGAUGACGACAACACCUUGCAGAUUUCCCUUCACCCGAAGCAGUGCGUGUUUGGGGACUUCAUCAUUUCGCUGCUGCACUACGAGCUGCCGUCGCACGCGCCUCCGGGGCAGCUGGAGCCCUCGUUGAAGCCCCGCGUGCUUGCUCGGUGGGCAUUCAGCACCAUCUUCGUUUCUCGGGACAUCCACCACGUUCGUGCACAGGACAUGGACUACGCUGAACAGAACCACUUGCCAUGUGACGCCUACAUGCAGCUGCACUUUGUUGAGGGAGAGGCAGAGGCGGAGGACGCCACGUACGUUGAACAUCUGACGCGGCGCAUCGAUCAGUCUCCCAGGCGGCAUGUGGCGCUGCUGCGGUCCGGGCCUUUGCUGCCGUCGGACCGCCGCCGCAACGUCUCCAGCUGCCGCAGGGAUGACGAACUUGUGGGUGGUGUGUACUACCGCGCCAACGGGACGAGCCUUUGCGGCUCUCACAGUCAUGGAGGCGGCGAUGGGCGCUCCUUUUUGCGCGGGGUGUUGCCCCUCCGUAUUAUGGAAGAGGAGGAGCGUCAUUACAGGGACGAUGAUGAGCUGGCGCCCUUUCUCAAAGACCCGCAGCCGGUGCGCCACCACGACCCCUCGCAGCUUCCCACCGACCAUCAAAUCACUGCACCAGCGUUGUCGCCUCCGCCUCCACCGCCUGGUAAGGCACCCCCACCUCCGCCUCCACCACCUGGUAAGGCACCCCCACCUCCGCCUCCACCACCUGGUAAGGCACCACCACCUCCGCCUCCACCACCUGGUAAGGCACCACCACCUCCGCCUCCACCACCUGGUAAGGCACCACCACCUCCGCCUCCACCACCUGGUAAUGUACCGCCAGCACCACCACCUCCACCGGCUCCUCCUUUAAUUGGUUCUGAUGGUGUUUCAUCAGUCGUCUUGGCACGAGAGGUGCAUAGUGCGCCUUCCAAACCCAUUUGUGCUGGGCCGAAGUUAAAGACAUUUUUUUGGAAAAAAUUGCUGCGACCUUCUGGGGUAUGGAGUAUUGCACGCGACGCGUCUGUGGAGGCGGUGAUUGACGAGCCGUUUUUGCUGGCGAUGUUUGAGGUCCGUAAGAAGGCAGUGCCCCUGUCGACGUCGAAUGGUGAGUCAAAAAAAACGAAUAAAAAAGAACUUUGCAAAAGCACUGCUUUUAGUGCCCAGCGGCAGCAGAACAUUGCCAUUUUGCUGAAGCAAAUGAAGCUGCCGGUGGGGGAAAUGUGUCGUGCUCUUAUUGAGUGCGAUGAUGUGGUGCUUCCUUUGGAGAAGCUGGAGUUGCUUUUUGGUGCUCUUCCCACGUCAGCGGAGAUCGAGGUGCUCCGCAUGGAAGAGACCUCUGGAGACGUAAGUUGGACAGAAGUUGAGAAAUAUGUUUAUACGGUGAGUACCACUGUGACUGACGCGCGUGAGCGCAUAUCACUUUUGUUGGCUUCUGAGCAGACGGAGGAGCUUGUUUCCUUCACGGAGGAACGCCUUGGCAAGUUAGAGAGGGCUGUGGCGCUGCUGACGAGCAAGACCUCUAAGCUUGCGGCUGUGCUUCAUGCCGUGUUAGCCCUUGGUAAUUUUAUGAACCGUGGCAGCGCCCACGCCGGUGCGGUCGGAUUCCGUCUUGAGAGCCUGAGUCAAAUGAACUUUGUUAAAGCGGUGGACGGGAAGACGACCAUGUUGGAGGUGUUUGUUAUCUCUCUAAUGGACCGAAGGCCGGAUCUUCUGCAGUUUCUAGGGGAACUGGACUGCCUUGCCCAGCUCGCUGGCAUCACUGUGCAGGAGGUUGGCCACAGCGUGUCUCAGCUUAGCCUCACCUUGCAGAAGAUGCGGCGAGCCGUUGAAGAGCACAAGCGGCAAGAGACGCAGAAGAAGCGGACGGUGCCAUUGCCGGCGGGUGUGGUGGACGUCUUCCCGGAACGGAUGGCGAUGCAUUCUCAGAAGCAUCUCGCCGUCGUUUCAGAGCUGGCCCUUCGUCAUCAGCGACUGAAGGACGACGUGUCAGCGAUGCUGGAAAGCUAUGGUGAGGAUCCCAUGUUGGAUGAGAGUGUGCUAUGGGACUACAUUCUGCAAUUUGGUACGUGUGUAGAGGGUUUUUACAAACGCGCGGAAAUGGAAGGGAUAGAUAAGCGGACAUUACUGGCGGCUGUGGGGCUUCCUCCCAAUGUUGUUGGUACAACAAGACUAAAUGGUGGGAGUGCAAAAGACGGUGGUGUGGAACGGGGUAGCAAUUGA